CUUUGGCUAAAUAAUGUCGGGUUGCUCAUUGCUCUUUUUUUGCGGUGCGAUCCUGAUUCACGGCUGUAUUGCAGGACGCAACUGGGACUACGAACCCUUAUCCUUGACAUCCUAUAGCUCAGAUGAGAAUCUUUUAAAGAUUACGACCAAGGUUGAUCGACUGGGACGCAGUGAGUACGCGUUUUCCAUGACGCUCAACUGGAACUAUGAUGUAGAUAAGGACACCAUGGUUGAAGCAGAUGUUUUCCACUGCUCAUCAGGCGACGAGGAUGACUAUAAAAUAAUGCCCUGGUCUAUACCCCAACAGCCCUUUUUCGAUUAUCUAAACGGCUUCUACAAGGACGCAUUCAUCAAGAAUGUGGGCCACUGCUCUAAUAUGGUCCAAUUCGAAGGGGAUUUUGUCCCGCCGUGGCCCAAAAACGUUUAUAUACUGGACAAGUGCAUAGCCAAUGGCGAAGGACUUCCAGAUAUCGCACCAGAGGGUUAUUACAAAUUAGUUUAUAAAAUGACAGGGCAGGUGGAAUGGGGUUUUACUCUGAUCGUUAAGGUCGAACAUAAGGUUAUUUAAAGAUAUCUUUUUUGGUGUCCAAAGAAAUCCAUCACAAUUUUUUUUUAUUGAUAUAAAUUUUACAAUAAUUUAUCU